CAAGGGAAGUGAGAGCAGUCGACGUGACUUUGCCUGAUUCAAGAGUUAUUUUCGUUGUUUGCGUGUGCUUUUGCGCGUAAAAAACUGCUUCAAAGAGACGAUCAAGUAGUUCAAAGAUCAGAACAGAGUCAUCAUGUCAUUGGCAGGGUUCAGAAAACAAAUUAACAAAGCGAAUCAGUUCAUGAGUGAGAAGAUUGGUGGUGCCAAGGGAUCUAAACUGGAAGAAGAUUUUGUGGAGCUAGAAAGAAAAACAGAUAUUACUGCAAACCUGGUGGAUCAAGUCAGUGGUAAAACAAAAGAAUACCUUCAACCUAACCCAGCUGCUCGGGCCAAGCUUACAAUGCAAACAACUGUGCACAAAGUGCGAGGUGAAGCCAAAGUGUCAAGGUACCCCCAACCAGAGGGCCUUCUAGGAGAGACCAUGCAAAAAGGAGGCACUGAUCUUGGGGAUGAUUCACUCUUUGGCCAAGCCCUUCAGGAUGCAGGGGAGGCCUUCUCAAAUCUAGCUGAAAUAAAAGAAGCACUGGACAAUACUGUCAAACAGAACUUCCUUGAUCCGCUGGAUCAGCUUAGAAACAGGGAUAUCAAGGAAAUUAUGCACCACAGAAAGAAACUGCAGGGACGGCGACUUGAUUAUGAUUGCAAAAAGAGGAAGGGGCCCAAAGUUCCAGAAGAAGAAGUCAGAGCUGCAGAAGAAAAAUUUGAGGAAUCUAAAGAGAUUUGUUAUAACAGUAUGCUGAACCUCAUUGAGACUGCUGAUCUGGAGCAAGUUAGUCAGCUGGCAGCCCUAGCAGAAGCAAUAUUUGACUAUCACAAACACUGCUCAGAUGUCAUGGAAAGCCUGGUAGCUACUCUGAACGACAAGGUUUCUGAAGCUGGUAGUCGCCCACGAAGUGAGCGAAGGUCCAUCCGCAUUCGCAGUAAUGAUGAUAGUGAUGAUGAGGAGCCCGGGUCCUCUUACAGUUUCUCACCCACACCAUCUGCCACUCCAUCAGCCCCACCAUCAGCACCCACCCCUGCAACAAAUGGUUCUUACUACAGUGGCCCAUUUAAAGCAGUGUAUGAUUUUGAGUCAGAAAAUGACAAUGAACUAGGUUUUAAUGAAGGUGAUGUAAUCCAAGUGGAUGAGCAAAUAGAUGAAAACUGGCUUUCUGGAACAUUAAAUGGCCAAACUGGAAUGUUUCCUCUUAAUUAUGUAGAGAAAAUGUAACUUUGAUCAACCAUUUUGAACAAUUGUUAGGUUUGACUGGGUACAAUGAAUUGAUGUAUGAACUUAAUUUAUGUGACAAAAUUAAUUCUUGCCAUAUCAAAAUAAACUUUGCAAACUAGGUUAUAUGAUUUUGUCAUAAGAAGAAGCUGAGAGAAGGAUCUUGUACAUUAUGUAGUUGUAUAAAAAUUUACCUGCAAUAAUCCCUAGAAUCAUUAGUUGUAGCUCAAAGGAGAUUAGGCUCUUAAUAGUCAGCAGCACUUUUUGGGGGAAAAGGAGAAAAAAAUUUUAAAAAUAGGAAAAUUAACAAUUCAAUAAAUAGAAAUCAUAAAGUUUUCUUUCAAACUGGUCGAUAAUGGUUCUACUUAAAACAACAUUUUGUUGCCAACCAUGGGGGGAUUAUCACAUCUGAUUGGUUUGUGUCUUACAACCUGACCAUCAUGGAAAGCAGUUGAAUUACUGCUGUGUGGAAUAUGUUUCAAUGAAGACAACUAUUAUUUACUCUAAUGAAACAAUGCUGCUUUAUUUUACAAUCAUCCUGGUUUAUGAAAUCGUUCGUACAUAAUUGAUAAAUAUGCAGCUAUAGUAACCAUAAGGCUUUGCUUUUCGCAGCCUGUGAACAGAGACUUAUAUGCCAGACUGCAAGUAAACUUUGGUACAGUUAAAGUCAUUAUCUUACUUGUAAAGUGGAGUUCAGAACGCAACAUGUACACCUUCAUAUGGUUAAUUGUUUUGGCAAAUUCAUGCAAUUUUAGUUAUAAAAGUCAGUGCAUGUGAUUGAACUUGAUUAUGAAAUAUGUGUAUUUAGAAGUGAGGAAAAUUAUUACAAGUUUUAGUGACCCACCACAGAACAAUUGUGAAUGGGGAUGCUAUGAAGUCUUCUGUUACAUGUGCAUGAGAUAUGUUCUCAGUGUAGCUUGAGGUGAGGUAUUCAUUAAAUCGUUAUGAGGUGAUCUUAGAUAAUUAGAGACCUUUUUAGUAGGUGUCAGUGAUUAUCAAGAGAUCUUAGUUUGCAAUAAAAUUUAAGUGUUUUAUUGAG